UUAUCUGCAAAAACCCUAUCUUACUGUAAACCUCCAUUUCCUUCGUCGCUCUUCCUCAAGUAGCCAACAAUGGCCUUGCCUAUGUCUGGCACGCGCCACCUCACGCGCUCUCUCUUGUUCAGUGCUACCUUAGUGGCACCUCCUCGGAUUCCUUCCUCUGUUCACUGCGGCGGAGUUAAUUCCGGUAACGACGCCGUUGUAACUCGGUUAGGUAGCUCAACCCGGUUCGUCUCAAUCCGAUGCCGAGCUAACCGGUCAGGCUCCGCUUACUCGCCGCUUAACUCCGGCUCUAACUUCAGUGACCGGCCUCCGACGGAGAUGGCUCCUUUGUUUCCGGGGUGCGAUUACGAGCACUGGCUGAUUGUUAUGGAUAAACCUGGCGGCGAAGGCGCGACGAAGCAGCAGAUGAUUGAUUGUUACAUCCAAACCUUAGCCAAAGUCGUUGGAAGUGAGGAAGAGGCGAAGAAGCGGAUCUACAACGUUUCGUGCGAGAGGUAUUUAGGGUUUGGGUGUGAGAUUGAUGAAGAGACAUCGACUAAGCUUGAAGGUUUGCCAGGUGUUCUGUUUGUGCUUCCUGAUUCCUAUGUGGAUCCUGAGAACAAAGAUUAUGGAGCUGAGCUGUUUGUUAAUGGAGAGAUAGUCCAACGAUCACCAGAGAGGCAGAGGCGAGUUGAGCCGCAGCCGCAGAGAGCUCAAGAUCGACCGAGAUACAACGACAGAACUCGCUACUCUCGCCGCAGAGAAAACACACGUUGAACUGCGACUGAAGAAGUUAUACACACACCGUAUCGAAUCAAAGGAAAGCUAUUAUGAUAGUGAUGAUAAUGGUGACGAUGACGAUGUUGUUUGAUGCUGCUGCACGGCGGAGUCCUUGUUCCAAUCCUUCGCAGUUAAACGACCCAACUUUGGAUCUUGUUGAAAUGCUAAGUUUUGAUUAUAUGUAACAUUUUUAUAUAAUAAUGUAAAUUUAGGUUCCCUUUCUGUUUUAGAGAAGACGCUGAAUAUUUAGGCAUCAAAAUUCCUUUUCCCUUCCAAAGCAACUAAUGUAUUUUUUUUCCUUCUGAUUUCGUUCCCAUUUCUGUGGCAAAUGGUGAUUAUAUUUUUCAUUAUCAAUCUGUAAUUUUUUGGAAUAUUGAAGGAGAAAAUACUUUGGGUUAAAAAGAAACAAUAUAAAAAUAAAAGGGCGAUCUGA